AUGGAUUUGGACCAGUGGAUCUCGAAGGUUAAAGACGGCCAACACCUUCUCGAAGACGAACUUCAACUUCUCUGCGAAUACGUUAAAGAGAUUCUUAUUGAGGAGUCCAAUGUGCAACCUGUCAAUAGUCCAGUAACUGUUUGUGGUGAUAUUCAUGGUCAAUUUCAUGAUCUAAUGAAACUUUUUCAGACCGGCGGUCAUGUUCCCGAGACAAAUUACAUUUUUAUGGGGGAUUUUGUUGAUCGGGGUUACAAUAGUCUUGAAGUAUUCACCAUCCUUUUGCUUCUAAAAGCUAGAUACCCAGCUAAUAUUACUCUUCUACGUGGAAAUCAUGAAAGUAGACAACUCACCCAGGUCUAUGGAUUUUAUGAUGAAUGCCAGAGAAAGUAUGGAAAUGCUAAUGCUUGGAGAUACUGUACUGAUGUCUUUGACUAUCUUACACUUUCUGCAAUUAUAGAUGGAACUGUACUUUGUGUUCAUGGCGGCCUUUCUCCAGACAUCCGAACAAUUGACCAGAAGAACAUAAUAAGAAUGACACAAAGAAUUUGGUCUCAAAAGCUGUCUUUGCAUUUAAAUUAA